GCACAUCAAUCCCCACCUCAAUGGAGUCUCACAGGACUCAACAUACGAGUCCAAACAACAAUAGAUUGUCAACAUCAAGUAUGUCACGAUCAACUUUGGAAAUAUCUUCAACAGAGAUGACAAGUGAAGACAUUGGGUCCACAAGUACAAGGCAAACUUCAAUGGAUAUUACAGAUAUGGUCUCAACCCCAGAAGGUAAUCUGUCCACACCAUUCACAACUACAAACUCUCCGAAGACAACUGAAUCAUUGAAGUCCCCCUCCACUACACAUAUAACAUCCUCCCCUGUUAUUACAGAACAAGACGUAACUGUAAAUCAAACCCAAAGCACAUCAAUCCCUACCUCAAUGGCGUCUCAAACAACUCAAGACACCAGUCCAGCAACCAACAAAUUGUCAUCUUCAGGAAUGUCACAAUCCACUUCGGAGAUGUCUUCAAUUGAGAUGUCUACUAAAGAACAUGGUUCCACAAGCCAUCCUUCAAUGGAAAGUACAGCUGUGGUCUCAACUGCAGAAGAUCAUAUUUCUACACCAUUCACAACUACAAACUCUCCAAAGACAACUGACUCAUUGAAGUCACCCUCCACUACACAUAUAACAUCCUUACCUGUUAUUACAAGACAAGACGUAACUGUAAAUCAAACCCAAAGCACAAACAUCACUAGCCCAAUGGAGUCUCCAACAACUGAGUACAACAGUCCAACCACCAACAUAUUGUCAACAUUGGGUAUGUCACAAUCCACUUUGGAAAUGUCUUCAACUGAGAUGGCUACUGGAGAACACGGGUCAACAAGAACAAGCCAAUCGUCAUUGGAAAGUACUGCUUUGGUCUCAUCUGCAGAAGAAAAUCUUUCCUCAUCAUUCACAACUUCAAAUUCUACAAAGACAAUGGAAUCAGGGACGUCCUCCUCCACUGCAGACAUAACAUUCCAACCUCUUAUUACAACAGAAAACGGAACUGCAACGCAAACCCGAAGCACAUCAAUCCCCACCUCAAUGGAGUCUCACAGAUCUCAACAUACGAGUCCAAACAACAAUAGAUUGUCAACAUCAAGUAUGUCACGAUCAACUUUGGAAAUAUCUUCAACAGAGAUGACAAGUGAAGACAUUGGGUCCACAAGUACAAGGCAAACUUCAAUGGAUAUUACAGAUAUGGUCUCAACCCCAGAAGGUAAUCUGUCCACACCAUUCACAACUACAAACUCUCCGAAGACAACUGAAUCAUUGAAGUCCCCCUCCACUACACAUAUAACAUCCUCCCCUGUUAUUACAGAACAAGACGUAACUGUAAAUCAAACCCAAAGCACAUCAAUCCCUACCUCAAUGGCAUCUCAAACAACUCAAGACACCAGUCCAGCAACCAACAAAUUGUCAACUUCAGGAAUGUCACAAUCCACUUCGGAGAUGUCUUCAAUUGAGAUGUCUACUAAAGAACAUGGUUCCACAAGCCAUCCUUCAAUGGAAAGUACAGCUGUGGUCUCAACUGCAGAAGAUCAUAUUUCUACACCAUUCACAACUACAAACUCUCCAAAGACAACUGAAUCAUUGAAGUCACCCUCCACUACACAUAUAACAUCCUUACCUGUUAUUACAAGACAAGACGUAACUGUAAAUCAAACCCAAAGCACAAACAUCACUAGCCCAAUGGAGUCUCCAACAACUGAGUACAACAGUCCAACCACCAACAUAUUGUCAACAUUGGGUAUGUCACAAUCCACUUUGGAAAUGUCUUCAACUGAGAUGGCUACUGGAGAACACGGGUCAACAAGAACAAGCCAAUCGUCAUUGGAAAGUACUGCUUUGGUCUCAUCUACAGAGGAAAAUCUUUCCACAUCAUUCACAACUUCAAAUUCUACAAAGACAAUGGAAUCAGUGACGUCCUCCUCCACUACAGACACAACAUUCCAAUCUCUUAUUACAACAGAAAACGGAACUGCAACGCAAACCCAAAGCACAUCAAUCCCCACCUCAAUGGAGUCUCACAGGACUCAACAUACGAGUCCAAAAAACAAUAGAUUGUCAACAUCAAGUAUGUCACGAUCAACUUUCAAAAUAUCUUCAACAGAGAUGACAAGUGAAGACAUUGGGUCCACAAGUACAAGGCAAACUUCAAUGGAUAUUACAGAUAUGGUCUCAACCCCAGAAGGUAAUCUGUCCACACCAUUCACAACUACAAACUCUCAGAAGACAACUGAAUCAUUGAAGUCCCCCUCCACUACACAUAUAACAUCCUCCCCUGUUAUUGCAGAACAAGACGUAACUGUAAAUCAAACCCAAAGCACAUCAAUCCCUACCUCAAUGGAGUCUCAAACAACUCAAGACACCAGUCCAGCAACCAACAAAUUGUCAACUUCAGGAAUGUCACAAUCCACUUCGGAGAUGUCUUCAAUUGAGAUGUCUACUAAAGAACAUGGUUCCACAAGCCAUCCUUCAAUGGAAAGUACAGCUGUGGUCUCAACUGCAGAAGAUCAUAUUUCUACACCAUUCACAACUACAAACUCUCCAAAGACAACUGACUCAUUGAAGUCACCCUCCACUACACAUAUAACAUCCUUACCUGUUAUUACAAGACAAGACGUAACUGUAAAUCAAACCCAAAGCACAAACAUCACUAGCCCAAUGGAGUCUCAAACAACUGAGUACAACAGUCCAACCACCAACAUAUUGUCAACAUUGGGUAUGUCACAAUCCACUUUGGAAAUGUCUUCAACUGAGAUGGCUACUGGAGAACACGGGUCAACAAGAAGUGCAAGCCAAUCGUCAUUGGAAAGUACUGCUUUGGUCUCAUCUGCAGAAGAAAAUCUUUCCACAUCAUUCACAACUUCAAAUUCUACAAAGACAAUGGAAUCAGUGACGUCCUCCUCCACUUCAGACAUAACAUUCCAAUCUCUUAUUACAACAGAAAACGGAACUGCAACGCAAACCCAAAGCACAUCAAUCCCCACCUCAAUGGAGUCUCACAGGACUCAACAUACGAGUCCAAACAACAAUAGAUUGUCAACAUCAAGUAUGUCACGAUCAACUUUGGAAAUAUCUUCAACAGAGAUGACAAGUGAAGACAUUGGGUCCACAAGUACAAGGCAAACUUCAAUGGAUAUUACAGAUAUGGUCUCAACCCCAGAAGGUAAUCUGUCCACACCAUUCACAACUACAAACUCUCCGAAGACAACUGAAUCAUUGAAGUCCCCCUCCACUACACAUAUAACAUCCUCCCCUGUUAUUACAGAACAAGACGUAACUGUAAAUCAAACCCAAAGCACAUCAAUCCCUACCUCAAUGGCGUCUCAAACAACUCAAGACACCAGUCCAGCAACCAACAAAUUGUCAUCUUCAGGAAUGUCACAAUCCACUUCGGAUAUGUCUUCAAUUGAGAUGUCUACUAAAGAACAUGGUUCCACAAGCCAUCCUUCAAUGGAAAGUACAGCUGUGGUCUCAACUGCAGAAGAUCAUAUUUCUACACCAUUCACAACUACAAACUCUCCAAAGACAACUGACUCAUUGAAGUCACCCUCCACUACACAUAUAACAUCCUUACCUGUUAUUACAAGACAAGACGUAACUGUAAAUCAAACCCAAAGCACAAACAUCACUAGCCCAAUGGAGUCUCCAACAACUGAGUACAACAGUCCAACCACCAACAUAUUGUCAACAUUGGGUAUGUCACAAUCCACUUUGGAAAUGUCUUCAACUGAGAUGGCUACUGGAGAACACGGGUCAACAAGAAGUGCAAGCCAAUCGUCAUUGGAAAGUACUGCUUUGGUCUCAUCUGCAGAAGAAAAUCUUUCCACAUCAUUCACAACUUCAAAUUCUACAAAGACAAUGGAAUCAGUGACGUCCUCCUCCACUUCAGACAUAACAUUCCAAUCUCUUAUUACAACAGAAAACGGAACUGCAACGCAAACCCAAAGCACAUCAAUCCCCACCUCAAUGGAGUCUCACAGGACUCAACAUACGAGUCCAAACAACAAUAGAUUGUCAACAUCAAGUAUGUCACGAUCAACUUUGGAAAUAUCUUCAACAGAGAUGACAAGUGAAGACAUUGGGUCCACAAGUACAAGGCAAACUUCAAUGGAUAUUACAGAUAUGGUCUCAACCCCAGAAGGUAAUCUGUCCACACCAUUCACAACUACAAACUCUCCGAAGACAACUGAAUCAUUGAAGUCCCCCUCCACUACACAUAUAACAUCCUCCCCUGUUAUUACAGAACAAGACGUAACUGUAAAUCAAACCCAAAGCACAUCAAUCCCUACCUCAAUGGCGUCUCAAACAACUCAAGACACCAGUCCAGCAACCAACAAAUUGUCAUCUUCAGGAAUGUCACAAUCCACUUCGGAGAUGUCUUCAAUUGAGAUGUCUACUAAAGAACAUGGUUCCACAAGCCAUCCUUCAAUGGAAAGUACAGCUGUGGUCUCAACUGCAGAAGAUCAUAUUUCUACACCAUUCACAACUACAAACUCUCCAAAGACAACUGACUCAUUGAAGUCACCCUCCACUACACAUAUAACAUCCUUACCUGUUAUUACAAGACAAGACGUAACUGUAAAUCAAACCCAAAGCACAAACAUCACUAGCCCAUUGGAGUCUCCAACAACUGAGUACAACAGUCCAACCACCAACAUAUUGUCAACAUUGGGUAUGUCACAAUCCACUUUGGAAAUGUCUUCAACUGAGAUGGCUACUGGAGAACACGGGUCAACAAGAACAAGCCAAUCGUCAUUGGAAAGUACUGCUUUGGUCUCAUCUGCAGAGGAAAAUCUUUCCACAUCAUUCACAACUUCAAAUUCUACAAAGACAAUGGAAUCAGUGACGUCCUCCUCCACUACAGACACAACAUUCCAAUCUCUUAUUACAACAGAAAACGGAACUGCAACGCAAACCCAAAGCACAUCAAUCCCCACCUCAAUGGAGUCUCACAGGACUCAACAUACGAGUCCAAAAAACAAUAGAUUGUCAACAUCAAGUAUGUCACGAUCAACUUUCAAAAUAUCUUCAACAGAGAUGACAAAUGAAGACAUUGGGUCCACAAGUACAAGGGAAACUUCAAUGGAUAUUACAGAUAUGGUCUCAACCCCAGAAGGUAAUCUGUCCACACCAUUCACAACUACAAACUCUCCGAAGACAACUGAAUCAUUGAAGUCCCCCUCCACUACACAUAUAACAUCCUCCCCUGUUAUUACAGAACAAGACGUAACUGUAAAUCAAACCCAAAGCACAUCAAUCCCUACCUCAAUGGAGUCUCAAACAACUCAAGACACCAGUCCAGCAACCAACAAAUUGUCAACUUCAGGAAUGUCACAAUCCACUUCGGAGAUGUCUUCAAUUGAGAUGUCUACUAAAGAACAUGGUUCCACAAGCCAUCCUUCAAUGGAAAGUACAGCUGUGGUCUCAACUGCAGAAGAUCAUAUUUCUACACCAUUCACAACUACAAACUCUCCAAAGACAACUGACUCAUUGAAGUCACCCUCCACUACACAUAUAACAUCCUUACCUGUUAUUACAAGACAAGACGUAACUGUAAAUCAAACCCAAAGCACAAACAUCACUAGCCCAAUGGAGUCUCAAACAACUGAGUACAACAGUCCAACCACCAACAUAUUGUCAACAUCAGGUAUGUUGCAAACCACUGUUGACAUUUCUUCCACUCCGGCAACCACUGAAAAUGGUCUUUCCACACCAUUCACAACUACACACUUGAAAAAUACUAGUGAAUCAGCAUUUUCCACCUCCACUUUAGAGACAAUGAUUCCAGGUUCGACCACAGAAAGGAGACCGUCAACGCAAAGCGAGACAGUGACCACAAUUGUGCAUACACAGGCAGACAGUCAGUCAACACCAGCCCACAGUUCAACCUCAAAUGUUUUCCUUACUUCAUUCACAACAAGAUCUACAACUCAUCAAUGUAAUGAAGAGGACUGUCAGUGUCAUGGUGCUCCUUGUUUUUUCAAUGACAAUCUUGGCUUAUGUCAAUGCCAUUGCUCUGACUCCACCUUUGGAGAUUUGUGUAUUUAUGGAAUCAAUGUCACCACAGUUUCCUUGGAUAAGGCAGUACCAACCAGAAAGGCAAAUGUCUCUUUGAGGAUUAUGAGGGAAUUUGAGCCUGAGUAUGAAAAUAUGAACUCCAGCAAGUCCCAAAUAUUAAUCAAAACUUUGAUUAAGGAGCUUAGUGCUCUCUGCAGGAGAGCAGAUCCACAAAAUUUUAAAGAUGUUAAAGUCAUUAAUCUAAAACCUGGAAGUAUUGUUGCAGAGAGCAUAGCGGAAUACACCUAUCCCAACAAUGCAUCCCAAAUUGAUUUCCUCAACAAUGAACUGGAACCCACACUUUGGAAUAUCUUGAACAACACAGAUAACCUAAUGAACAUCAGUCAAGCAUUUGAAAAUGUGCGAAUCCAGAUUACCAACAUUACCUUCCAACCGACGAAAAUAAGGAAUAUCGCAGAUUUGAGGCCAUUUGUGGCCUGUCGUCUGGGUUUUGCCAACUACACAGAAGAGCUCUCUGAUGGCAGCUGGAAGUGUGUGGGGCCUUGUAAACAGUAUCCAGACUACUGUCAUAGACACGGAGAAUGCUUUAAUGUUCAAAGUGGACCUAUUUGUCUGUGCUAUGAGUCUUCCCUGGAGCAGUAUCAUGGACCCCAGUGUGAGCGCUUCCGCAGGGGAAGAGGUUUCUAUGCUGCACUCUUUGGUGCGCUGGGGGCAGGCAUCCUCCUCAUACUUGUUCUCAUCGUGGUUAUCGUGGUCCUGCGAAGGACCCGUGGGGGAUGUUGGAACAUUGACAAGCCACCUGCCAGAAGACUGAUGUCUCUCAAUGAGGACUUUUUUGACUUCACACAAAGAGACCUCGGUCCUUACCAUGGCAGUUCACCAGUCUACACAAACACUGAUUUAAUUGACGAAGGCUGCCCAGGUGUAUUCAGCCUGCAUCUUGAAAAUGUGGACACAACAUAAAAUGUGAAGACCCAAUGGCCAACAAUAAUAGAUUUUCUUCAAAAUAACACAGAAUAAAGUAUUCAAGCUACCUAAAAUGUUUGCUCAGUUACCACAAAUAAUUAUUCUUUAUCAUUUGCAUAAUCAUUGUGAAUCAAAUUAUUUUUGUACUGCAGCUAUUUUACUGGAAUUCAGAAGCAUAAGGCUACACACUAUUGUCAUUUGAGGACUUGAUAAAUAGAAUGCGAUCUAGAUGAACAAUUUCCUGGCAUUAAAGACUACCCUGUAUGAUUGUUAGAUGUGUAUGUUACGUCUGUUGACUAAGUGUAAUAUGUAACUUCUGGGCUUUGGGUUCACAUAUAUAUUUUAAUUUGACAAAUAUUUCAAUAAACGGUGAGACGAA